AUGGCCGAAAAUGACGAACCCUCCGACGCGACUGGUACUCUCCCUCCUCCAUCGGUCACAAUCUCCGAGCCACUGCUCUCAUCGUACCUAUAUUCUACCAGUGAUCGCACGCAUAUUACGGAUGAGGAGAAAAGACUUAAACGCGAUGAUUGGAUUAUGGGAAUUGAUGAAGCUGGAAGGGGGCCAGUAUUAGGUCCAAUGGUAUACGGCGCUGCCUUUUGCACACAGGCAUUUGCAGAGGACAAGUUGAUUGCAUUGGGGUUUGCCGAUUCGAAGACUUUGACCCAUAAACGAAGGGAGGAGCUACUGGAGAUGAUCGUACAUCCACCCAAGGACCAACCUCUCAAUGAACGAGUUGAAUGGAAUGUCAAAGUGUUGACGCCGGCCGAUAUUAGUCAGGGAAUGAAUCGAAGGUCACCUUACAAUCUGAAUGCUCAAGCCUUCGAUGCGACUUGUCAGAUCAUCCAGCAUGCACUUGACCUUCAAUAUAAUCUCCAGCAUAUCUAUGUCGAUACACUCGGUCCACCGAAAACUCAUCAAAUGAAGCUUGAACACGAAUUUCCCGGGAUUAAAUUCACGGUUUGCUCCAAGGCAGACUCCAUCUACCCGAUAGUGGGAGCAGCUAGUGUUGUGGCUAAGGUAACCCGAGAUGCUAUCGUUUCUCAUUGGAUCCACCCUGAAUCAGCCCGUCCUCAUAAAACAAACUUGAGCAAAGAUAACGAAGAUGCUACAAGGUCAUUGGGCUCUGGUUAUCCUUCUGACCCUCACACAGUAAAAUGGCUUAGCGAAAACUUCAACACUAUCUUUGGAUUUGGACAGCUUGUUAGGUUCAGCUGGGGUACAAUCAAAACGCUUUUGAGCGACCGGGGGCCUGCAUUUAGUUGGAAUGACGAGCCUCCAAAGAUUCAAAAAUGGUUCAAACCUGUUACUCAGGGGCAGUCAGAGAGUACUCCUGUUGGAUUCUGUCAAGAUCUUGGCUUGAGAUCGGUAGAUUCUCUUUAA